AUGGCAUUAAAUCAAAGAAACAGAAGAGCCAUUCCAUCGACGCUAAACACUCCCACGGCGGUUAAUGUGAACACAGUCUCAAGUAUAACUCAGGAACAAGCAGAACAAAUCCUCACACAAUUCAUAGAUGCCAGUGAACACAACAGGAAUCCAUUAAACUUGAAAGACCAGGACCAGAAGACUGGGUUUUCAAGCAAUAGCGAAACAAUAGCAGUUGCCUCGCAGUUAAAGAGGAUACAAAGAAACUUGAGAGGAUUGCCACCAUUAUCCACACUGGAAGCUCAAGAAUCAACUACGAACGGUGGUAUCCCAGUUACUCGAGUUUAUAAGAAAAGACAUACAUUCAGUGCCAUGAAAAGAAAGAGAAACGUUGUUUUGGAUGAAGACGAGGAAAACACGUUUAUAAAUAACAGUGACUACGAUGAUAAGGAACACAACGAUUUGGCACCUGCUCAAGUUCAACAGAGUCAUGACACCACUGCAGAAAACUCCAAGCACCAUGCCACAGACGACGGGUUGAGCAGCGACGUUGGAGAAGAGCCGGACCAACUGGAAUGGGAACGGGAAAAGCAUACUGAAGAGUGGAAAGUACCAAAAUCUCAUCAUCCUAUAGGUGGCAUUGACAUAGAGAAAAGUAAUUCCGAAGGCGACAGUGACCGCAACAGUGACCACAACAGUGACCACAACAGUGACCGCAACAGUGACCGCAACAGUGACUCUGCUUUCCAACCCGAGGUGACUUUGCAAGAUGCCAAACGCAAACCAGAAGCUGAUGGCUUCCUUGGCACUGACAAUAAAGCGUCGUUCAUUCCGAAAACGCCAACAGAGCAAGCUCUCCCACCACAAUCUCAAGAAUCUCGAAAUGGAGAUGUACCCAGAUUGGUAAUCAACAAGUUAAUACUCACAAACUUCAAAUCUUAUGCAGGGGAACAAGUUAUUGGACCAUUCCACUCGUCAUUUUCAUCGGUUGUGGGCCCCAAUGGAAGCGGCAAAUCAAACGUCAUUGACGCGAUGCUUUUCGUAUUCGGAUUCAAGGCAAACAAAAUGAGACAAGGCAAAAUUUCCGAAUUGAUUCACAAUUCUGGGAAUGAAAGACCGGACUUUUGCCAAGUCGACAUACAUUUCCAAAUGGUUCUUGAUGACCCCAAAUCGCAGCAGUUGUCACAAGUGGUUCCUGAUUCCGGGUUGGUUAUUUCAAGAAAAGCUUUCCAGAAUAACCAGUCAAUGUACUACAUAGAUGGCAAAAAAAGCAAUUAUACUGAUGUGACUGCAUUACUCAGGGGUAAAGGUAUCGACUUGGACCACAAAAGGUUUUUGAUUCUUCAGGGUGAGGUCGAGUCAAUUGCGCAAAUGAAGGCGAAAGCUGAAAAGGAAGGUGAUGAUGGGCUACUAGAGUAUUUGGAGGACAUCAUUGGAACUACAAAAUACAAGCAGUUGAUUGAAGAUAGUUUAGCAAGAAUCGAUGAGUUGAAUACAGUAUGUCAAGAAAAAUCAGAUAGGUUUCUGUUGGUGGAACAGGAUAAAAAUUUGCUUGAUGAAAAAAAGGCAGAGGCAUUAAAGUUCCUAGAAUUGGAAAGAAAACUCAACAAUUUCAAAAGUUUAAAGUUCCAAAGCAAUAUAAGUCAUUUGAAAAGUAAGAUGGAAGAGUAUCUGAAUGAAAAAAAUGAGCUACAGAAGCAAUUGGACGAGAAGAAGAAGGCCAAUGAAGUAGUUUUGGAAUACAUUGAGGAGCAGUCUUUGAAACAACUGGAUUGCAAGAAGGAGUUGAAAAAGACGUUGAAUGUAAUUGAGGGUUUAAAUAAACAAAAAAGGGACCUAGUGAAGCAAAAUGUGUCACUUGAAGAGAAAUCCAAAAACUUUGAUACUAAACUAAAAAAGCUACAGAAAACAAUAAAUGCACUGAAUCACGCAUUGCAAAACACAAAUCACAGUUUGUCCAGUUAUUCAAAUUCUUCUGAACAGUACAAAGCCGAUAUGGAGAGACUAGAAACUUCAUUAAGAGAGGAAGAGGAUCGAUUGACCAAGAUUCGUGAAAAAAUGGCCGAAAAGACUACCGGCUUUACAAAGCGUAUUGAAGAAUUGCAAGUCAAACUAGAACCUUGGACAUCCAAAUUGAAGAACAAUGAGAACGAGAUAGAGUUGAUCAAGUCUAAUAUCACUAUUCUCGAAGAUCAACUGAACAAUACAAAAAAGCAGUUGGAGGAAAACAAGGAGAAAUUGACGUCCAUCAAGCUUGAAGGUAAACACAAGGAACAAGAAUGCCGAGAAAAGGAAGAAAAAUUGGAGACGAUUGAAGAGCAAAUAUCCUUGGGGGAGGAGCAAACAAAUUCAAUGAAGCUGAAGCUAGACAAGAUGAAACAUCACAUUGCAAAGGCAAAGAACAAGUACCAUGAUUCUGCCCAAGCAUUCCAAAGUAAACAAAAUCAGAGCACCGUUUUGGCAGCACUAACGAAAUUGGGCAAAUCUGGUCGAAUCGAAGGGUUUUACGGCAAGUUAGGGGACCUUGGAACAAUUGACGAUAAAUACGAUAUUGCUGUCUCCACUGCUGCCCCUGGAUUGGAUUCUAUGGUGGUUGAGACCGUUGAAACGGCUCAAGCUUGCAUUGAUUAUUUGAGAAAGAACAAGCUUGGCUAUGCCAACUUUAUAUGUUUGAACAAGUUACGGACUUAUGACUUGUCUCCCAUCUCAGUACCUGGAGAUCCAUCCAAGAUCAAACGGCUUUUCGAUUUGAUCGAUCCUAUCAACCCUAAAUUUGCACCCGCAUUUUUCAGUAAAAUGUUCAACACGCUUGUAGCUCCUGACUUGAAUGAAGCGAAAAAGGUAGCAUACGGUGCAAGAAGAUGGAAAUGUGUCACUUUAGAUGGGAAGUUGAUUGAUAUAGCAGGAACCAUGUCAGGAGGAGGUAAUCAGAUUAUGAAAGGGUCUAUGCGUCUCAAGUCAGCCAACUCGCUCGACAGUGGCGAUUUUAACGAAGAGAGUUUGGAGCAGGCAAGGCAAGACAUAGAGGAGAUGGAAAAAGAGUUUGAAAGACAGCUGUCAAAGUACAACGAGGCUAUAGCUGCUUUGAACAAGGUCAGAGAGUUGCAGCCUGAGACGAGGCUCUCGCUUGACAAACUUAAAUUGGAUAUCGCUGGGUUGGCAUCCGAGAUGAAGGAUGUAUCUCAAAUAUGCAAGAGCUUGGUUGCCGAGCAAAGAGAAAUGGAAGCCCACAAUCCUUUUGAGGAUCAGAUACAGGAGAAGAGAACUGAAUUGGAGAAACUUGAAGCUGUUAGAGCCCAAUUGAAAACGGAGAUGUCUGAUUAUGAGCAGGAGAUAGCCACCUACGAGCAAAAGAUUAUGGAAGCUGGUGGUGUUGAUUUGAAAGUUCAAAACUCCAAGGUUGAAUCGAUUAAGCAACAAAUAGCAAUUAUAAAUGACAAGACCAGUGGUGACCGAAUUGCAUUGAAGAAAUUGGAGAGCGAUGUAAAGCGGCAUACAAGGAUUAUCGAGGAUUCAAAGGCUGCUCAAGCGAAGUUAGAAGCCGACCAUAAAGAUGUUAAAGAAGCGCAACGAGAAAUAGAAACUCAAGUCAAAGGUUUAGAUGACAAGUUGCAUGCACUUGAUCAGCAGAAACAAGAUCAGGAAGAGCAACUUGAAGUUAUGCGCGUUGAGAUAGAAGAAAAACAGGAGGAGCUCUCUGGAUUCAAGCUGUUUGAAGUUGACAUUUUGAACAAGUUGGAGAAGGUUAGUCAUACUUUGAAGAAGAUUACACAUUCGAUUGAACAGAAUGAGCUGAGCUUAGACGCUUUGGUUGUUCGAGACGUGAUGCCAUACAUUUACUGGCUCGACGAAGAGGAGCAGAGUAAGUACAAUUCGUCCGUUAUUGAACGAUUGAGUGAUUCGGAACUCGAAGACGUUGAUUUGGAUGGUGUUAACUCUGAAAUAGAAGAAUUGGAAAAGUACAUGUCGACGGUUCAGGUCGACAUUGAAAUGCUUAAAGAGUAUGGAAGCAAGAUUGCUGAAUACACAGAACGGAAAGACGAUUUGAAUCGUGCUGUUGAGGAGCGAGAUGAAAAACGUGAUUAUUGCGAGGAUUUGAAGAAGAAGAGGUUAGACGAGUUUAUGGAUGGAUUCAGUGCCAUUUCCAUGGCGUUGAAAGACAUGUAUCGAAUGAUCACGAUGGGCGGCAAUGCCGAAUUGGAAUUGGUGGAUAGUUUGGAUCCUUUUUCAGAGGGGAUUUUGUUUAGUGUGAUGCCGCCAAAGAAAUCAUGGAAAAAUAUCUCAAAUCUAUCUGGAGGAGAGAAGACGUUGAGUUCAUUGGCAUUGGUGUUUGCUCUUCACCUGUACAAGCCUACCCCGUUGUAUGUCAUGGAUGAGAUUGACGCUGCCUUGGAUUUCCGAAAUGUUUCGAUUGUUGCCAAUUAUAUCAAGGAACGGACAAAGAAUGCACAGUUUGUGGUUAUUUCGUUAAGGAAUAAUAUGUUUGAAUUGGCGCAGAAAUUGAUUGGAAUUUACAAGGUCAACAACAUGACGAGAAGUACACCAAUUUUGAAUAUAGAGUUCAACAGUAUAGAGUAG